AUGUCCAAUGAUAAUUUUGCAAUUGAAAUCGACCCCCCGGAUGAUGUGGAAUAUGACAUCGAGGCAGGAUUCAACUCUUCCACAUGUCACCUUAUGCACAAUUUUGAAGAAGAACGCCCAACUUCUCUAGUUGCGUCGAUCCGGGAAAGUGCAAUAAGCUCCAAACGAAAAGUCAAGUACUACUGCUCGUUCUUUUGCUCUCCAAUAAAAAAGUUACUCUCCACAUUCAAAUUGCUCAUCAUAAUCGGACUCUACUCAUUUAUAGGGGCACAUUUAUUUAUGUAUUUAGAAGUUCCAACUGAUUUAGAAGCAAAAGAGGAUGGGUUCCAUCAGAGAAAAAUUGCGAGGGAAGUGAUGGUUUUGAAAAUGCAGAGAAUACUAAUCAUUUUCAGCCUCCGAGCAAUUUACUACGACAAUCGAGAUGAUAGAGAAGAACGAUGGAAGCAUGCGAUACUCAAAUUCGAAGAAGAUAUGGGUCUAGAAGAACCAGUUGUUGAAACAGACUGGACGUUUUGGAUGUCUUUUCUGUAUGCUGGAACUAUUUUUACAACUAUUGGUUACGGAAAUAUCGCUUGCAAAACUAGAGCCGGACAAAUAGCCACAAUGGUUUAUGCUUUUGUUGGAAUUCCUAUAAUGUUGGUGAUGCUCACUUCGCUCAACAAUUUCUUGUUGAAAUGGAUAAAGAUAAUAACAAAUGGGUUGAGUGAUAUCUUGCUUUAUCUUGGAGUGCGUCUGGGAAUAACAGUGAUCCGGCAAGAUGAGGUUCAGAAGCGACUACGGUACACAAAGUUUGCAAAGAAGAUGAAAGAAUGGAAACUGUCAAGUCAUGGAGCACCCAGUAGUAUUGCUGUGAGCUUUAAAAAAACUGAAAAUAUCGAGAAACUCAAUUUUCAGAUAAGCAGUUCGGAAGAAAAUCGACUAAACUCAACGCCAGAAGACGAUGAAGAGGAAGAGAUGGAAUUGGAUCCUCCAGUGCUCUCGACUCUUUUUGCUACGGUCGCAUGGAUUAUGUUAUCCGCUGCUGUAUUCUGUCUCUUUGAAGAUUGGACAUUCUUCACCAGCUUCUAUUUCUGCUUCAUUUCUCUGACAACCAUAGGACUUGGUGAUGUGACACCUGCGAAUCCAGAAUAUAUGAUUGCUACAUUUGGUGUCGUCAUAGUUGGUCUCUCGAUGCUCACUGUUUGUAUAGAUGUCAUUAAAGAGAAGUUGGCGCAAAUGUACAUGGCAUUGCUCCAGAAACUAUUGCAAGAAUAUAUGGAAGCUGUGAAAAGUGGUGAUCCGAAUGCCGCGUCAGCAAUGAUGGCUGGAUUUCAAGGAAGAGCGAAAUUCCUGAUGCCUCUUAUCAGUAAGAAUGAAGGAGCAAAAGUGAUGGAUAAAUUCAAACAGGAUUGUACAAAAAAGGGAAUCGAUCCCCCUCCAGUACUGACAAACAUCAACCCUGAAACUGGAAUGCCUGCAUUUGCCAACGCACCACGAGAAGAUUUUAGAGACUAUAUUGAUGUGGCACAAGAGAUGUUUGCAGAAGAGCAACAAAGGCUUACACAAACUCCAUUAUCCAAAUCCACUGACUUUUUCCAAUCUCCAACUCCUCGCCCUACUGUAACCGUUGCUGUCACACAAACAUCUGCUCCUCCUCCUACUAAAUCUCUGGAGGUGCAAGCAGGAACCACAAUGGGAAAGUUCCAUGAUUAUGGAUCACAAACACAAACCGAAAGUUCUGAUGAAGGAAUUCAAACGGAUUAUAGUGUGGAUUUUGAUGAUGAAAUGAAUAAAGAACCGAAAAAAGUGAUGGCAGAUGCUGGAACUCAAUAUGAAAUAGUUUUGUUGACAAGUAUUGGAAUCCAACCAGAAGUCUCGUCUAUCUACAUUGGUGCUGAGCAAUCCGAUCAUUCAGAUGAAGAGAGUGCAUUUGAAUCCGAAGACGAAGAUGAUUUCUCAGAAUACUCGUCUUGCGAUGAUGAAAGUGAAUUGAAAAGCUCGGCGAAAUACAAAGAAACAAGUCUUCCGUUUGAAGUUGAACAUCCAGGAAUGAUGUCUCUCGGAUUACAAUCCCCACCAAUAGAGAUAACACCGUUUAGUGAUGAUGAAUCUGCAUUGAGUGAAGCUAGAAGUUCUCCUGCUUCCACGUCUUCCAAACCGAUGAAAUUAUCACCACCAAAGUUUUCGAAAUCGGCUUCAAUCGAUUCCACGGAGACUGUAAUUCAUGUGAAACCAGAAGAGAAGGAAAAGAAAGAAGAAGAACGUAAGGAAGAAAGUACACAUGAGAAGAAGAAAAGGAGAAAGAAACGAAAGAGAAUGAAGACCAAAAAGUCCCGAGAGCACGAGUUGAGAUUCUUGAAGAACAGUGGAAAUCAGACGUCUCCUGUUCUAAUGGACUGUUCCACUCAAUACGAAGUGUUUACAACGGAUUCUGGAUCGCAAUACGAUGUGAAGGGAAGAAGUAGAAAAUGUCAGACAAAACUCUCUAGCAUCAAUCAUGAACAACUUCAAGGAAUUCGAGAAACAGUUCAGAAGCUGAAGAGAAGAGAAAGUGAGAUGAGUAGAGCGUCAAAUGUCUCUGAAAGUGAUUGGGAUAGUGAAGCAGGAAGGGAAUCAGAAGUUGCUGAAAUUAGUUUGGAUUUGUCAGUGGUUGCGUUAGGAGUUGACGAGACUGGAAGAGUGGUAGAAGUACCAAAGCCAUCAAAACCGCAAGAAUCUCUGUCACCCACAUCUUUGAGAACAACUUCAGAAUCGACGUCCGCUGAAAAAGUUCAUAUAGAUUCUGAAGAUGAAGAGAUUGAAAGUCUAGACGAACUUGAACUGUAUACCACUGAUGCGGGAAUGCAAACUGAACCAAAGAUGAUGGUGGAUCAGCAAGAUUUUGCAACUCCAAAGAGUUUGGACAUUAUCAAAAAUUGCAGUACACAAACUACUUUCAGUACAUUCCAUCUACCACAAAAGGUUUAUGAAUCAGCAAGCACUUCAAGUGAUGAGGAAGAUGUGAAAUCGGAGAGUGAUAAAGACAAGAAAUCAGAAAACGAAGUGUUCUUUAUGACAAACGCGGGAGUACAAACUAUGCAUACGUCAUUCCAUUUGGAGGAUAAACCGAAGAUAGUUGAAGAAGAGAAACUUCAGAAAGAAGAAAAAACAGAUAUGGAGGAGAUGCCGUUGUUUUUGAAAAAUUCAGAAUGCCAGACGUUUGAACUUGAGAUGCUGACUUGUUCGACAUCGACGGAAGACGUUAGAUUCGUAGGAGAUGCUGAAACAUCUGAUGGAUAUUGUCAAACAGCUUUAGAGACGAAGAAUUUUGAAGUUCAGACAGUCGUGAAAGAUUAUCUCGAAACCACAAUGCAAACUGAAGAUCCAUCUCUGGUAACAGAUGCAUGCCAAACAGAGUCGAUCGAAGGAACUACAGUUCAUUCACAAACUGAUGCUCCCAACACAAGAUCGUUCAUUUGUCAAACUGAGAGUGCCGUUGAGCCAGAAGUUCCUCCUGUGCCUUCAGUAGAAUCUGUUCCUGUGGAAUGUCAAACUGACACGUUAGAUCUAGAAGAAAUAGAAGUGCAAACGGAAAUAGAAACAUCGGUAACCGAAUCGCAGACAGAAAAUGCCAUAGUUGAUGAUGUAGAAAUGCAGACAGAAUUAACUGAAACAAUAACUUCCGAAUCCCAGACAGAAAAAGUGACUGUUGGUGAUCUGGAGAUGCAGACUGACCAGACUGAAAACACAACUUCGGAAUCACAAACUGAAGGAAUGGUUGUUGGUGAUGUCGAAAUGCAAACAGAGCAGGUUGAAACCAUUGCUUCUGAAUCACAAACCGAACAGCACAGUGUCGGAGAUAUUGAAAUGCAGACGGACGAGAAAGACACAUUAGCCUCUACAUCGCAGACUGAACAACUUUCAAUAGAAUUCCAAGAGACACAAACUGAUGAAGUGACUUUUUCUAGAGAAGUUCCAUUGGUAGAUCAAAUAACCCAAUCAGAAACAGCCGAAUUCCACGAUUCUGAAACUCAAUACACUUUAUCAAUUGAAGAUAGAGACGUCCAAGUUACGCCAAUCUCAUUCGAAACUCAGACUCAACAUUCCAUUGAAAUCGAAGUGAAAUCUUGCCAAACUGAAGGAGUUAGAAUGAAAAAUAAGAAGAGUCAGGUAGAAGAUGACUCAACACUAUCAAUUCUCAAAAUAGAUAAUGAAAGUCAAAUUGAAGUGGACACAUCGUCCAUUAAUCUUUCUCCAGUUAGAUUAGAUGUUUCCCAUUCGUUCACAAUGACCGAACCAGGAGCUUUGGAAGAGAAAGAAGUACAAGUCGAUGAGGAUUGUUUCGAAAGGGAAGAAACUUCACAAAGAUUUUUCGCGGGACCACUUUGGAGUGAUUUCGAUUAUACGCCAGAGUUUGGUGAAGAGGGAGAUGAUGAGGAAGUGGUUGAUGGGGAGACGCAGACACAUGACGGAAGCGAGCCAAAAGAACUAGAAGAGGAUGAAGAAGAAGAAGAAGAAGAAGAAGAAGAGGUAGAAGAAGAAUAUUAUGAAGAAGUAGAAGUUGAUGACGACGGAAAUGAAAUUGAAGGAGGAAUAGUGAAAAAGGAAGGAGUAGAAGAAAUUGAAGAUGACAUCGAAAAGAAAGCUAAAGCUGAAGCUGAUGGAGCUGAUGCCAGCCUUAAAUCAGCAGAAGAUCCUUCUUCAAAAGCUACAAAGAAGUUCAAAAAAGUUAUCAAAAAGCGAAUUGUUAAGAGACUCAAGAGCAAAUCGGAAGCGCAACUAGCUAGUGCUCAACGAUCAACAGACAGCCUUGCCGAUAGUGUCGCUGAUGAGUUCGCUGUCCAAUGCUCUCCAGAAUCCUCUGAAAUCAAAAUCCAAACCGUCAAAUUCAAAAAGAAGAAGAAAACAUUGAAGACCACCGAACCCAAAGUCGAAAUGAGUACUUCAACAGUUCAAGCAACAAUUGAAAUGUGUGAACAAAGCGCUGGAGAUGUUGAAGACGAUUGGCUUCAGGUGAAUGUGAACGCUGGAAUCACCACUUCUACUUCACUAUUGCAGAAAUUGUACACACUUUUCUACACUUUACUAUCGGCACAACUAUCGCAUGUUUAUGUUCAAGAACUUGACGAAGAACGCCGCAUGCGUAUGUCUGACAUUGGCAUACAAACGGGAGUCCUGGCCCGUGUACAACACAUCUAUACACGACCAAUAUCCGAUGAUGCCGGAUCAUCAUCCUCCACUGCUCCGAUCACUCUCCGAAAGUCUUCGGAUUCUGACGUCGAGCAUGUUCCAAUGAGGACAGCGAAGAGCAGUGAGGAGUCAUUGGCACCAUCGGCGUCUGGAACCGCAAUCUCUGCUGCCGAAUCAAUGGAUGAUCGGUUGUGGCCAGAGAGAGCAAGUCCAUUUGCGUCGAGGCACAGUUCAUUAAAGAGAAGGAAAAAGGAGGAGAGAAAAACAAGUGACAAGACUAAUAUUGUUCAAGAUCUCCGGGCAAGAUUCGAAAGUAAGUCACCGGCUCCGAAAUCACCGCCUAAGGAAGAGGGAGAAGGAAGUUCUUCGGAUCCAAAGCAGUUCUUCUAA